AUGAUUUUCCUAAUUCUUCUACUUGUGACACUACUUAUCCUGUACUUGUAUGGUACGAAGAACUAUGGAUAUUGGAAGAAGAGAGGAAUCAAGCAUGACCCACCAAUACCAUUUUUCGGCACCAACUGGGAUACGUAUGCCAUGAAGAAUAGUAUGACUCAGAAGGCUGAAGAACAAUAUCGGAAAUAUCCAAAUGAAAGGGUUGUUGGUUUUUAUCGGGCGAUGCGACCGGAGCUGGUGAUAAGAGAUCCCGAAAUCGCGAAGCGCAUUUUGACAACAGACUUUGGGAGUUUCUACCUGAGGGGUUUCAAUACUCAUAAAACUGUUGUGGAGCCGCUGCUUAGGAAUUUGUUCACCGCUGAAGGAGAUCUUUGGAAGUUGCUGAGACAACGUAUGACCCCAGCGUUCACCUCAGGUAAGUUAAAGGCGAUGUUUCCUCUCAUCGUAGAACGCGCUGAGCGUUUACAGAAUCAAGCUAUUAACGCUAGCGAAACAGGACGAGUUUUGGAUGCGCGUGAGAUAAUGGCGAGGUAUACUACCGAUUUCAUUGGUGCUUGCGGAUUUGGCAUUGACGCUGAUUCGCUCAGUAACGAGGAUUCCGCUUUCAGAAAACUAGGGGCGGAAACAUUUACCUUCCGUUUUUAUGAAGUUUUUGCAAUGAUGCUCAAAGAGAUGUUCCCUGAAGUAUUCAAGCGUUUAAAGUUAUUUGGUAAAGUAGAGCAAGAAGCAUUUGACUUAAUCAGUGGUAUUUUUAAACAAAGAAAUUAUGAGCCGUGUGGAAGAAACGAUUUUAUUGAUUUAUUCUUAGAGUUAAAGAAAAAAGGUAAUAUGGUUGGAGAUUCGAUAGAAAAAAUUACCUUUGAUGGCAAAGCUCAACAGGUUUCUAUGGAGUUGGAUGAAUGGCUUAUGGUUGCUCAAGUGUUUGUAUUUUUCGCCGCGGGCUUUGAAACUUCUUCGUCAGCAACGAGCUUUACUUUACAUCAGCUCGCUUAUCACCCGGAAGAGCAGAAAAAGGUCCAGGAAGAAGUUGAUACUGUCCUGGCCAAAUACGAAGGCAAACUCUGCUAUGACGCAGUUAGAGAAAUGACAUAUCUAGACUGUGCCUUUAAGGAGGCAAUGAGAAUUUUUCCGUCAUUAGGUUUCCUAAUGAGAAAAGCUGCACGUAAAUACACAUUCCCAGAAUUAGAUUUGACAAUUGACGAAGGUGAACGACUUGGGCAGAUGCAGUCAAUAGCAGGUCUAGCCGCCAUACUGUCCCGGUUUUCAGUUGAGCCCGCGCCCCAAUCGCUGAGGAAUCCCGUGGUCGACCCAUGCUCAAGUGUAGUUCAAAGUAUUGAAGGCGGCUUGCCGCUAAUGUUCCGCAAACGACCUAUGCUAAAUAAA